AUGGUUGCAAGUUACGUAUUUCCACAUGGUGCUACAUCACCAACAACUGAAGCUACACUUAUUUUACCUUCUUCACCAUCAUCUGUUGCUGCAAUUGAAAAAACUAAGCAACGUCAACAGGCAGCAAUGCUUGAUGCAUGGUUAGCAAUGCAUGGUGAUAAUCUUUACCCUUGUCGGGAAGAAAAAGAACGUUUAGCAAAAGAUAUGUCAAUGACUUAUAUACAGGUGAAUCGUUGGUUUGCAAAUCGACGUCGCAAGCAAACGAAACGUCGAAAGGUUGAAAUUGAAUCACCUCGAUCAGUUACAAUACCAUCAUUGUCAUCCUCUAUUGCAACAACAAACAAACAUAAUGCAUUAACCGGAUUGUUUGAAUCAGAACAAGAAUCAAACUGGGCAUCAAAAUUACCACUUGAUUCUAUCCAGAUCGAACAAAAGAAAAAAUCGGAAAUGGUAGUACAUGCGAUACAUUCUGAUUUGCAUAAGACAGAUAUUGAAACAUUGAAAGAUGAAUUGCGUCGGAAUACACCGUCUGCACAUAUAUCAAAUAAUACCACUUUUCAACAGGUUCCGGAUGUCAAUCGAUCAUUGCCAUCACCAUGUUCACCACCUGAUCAGCGUAGGAUAUCUCAGUCAACAUUUGAUAAUAAGCUAUUACCAACUGCUGCACCUGCAUAUACACCUUCUCCGUUAAAUGCUGCAGCAGUAGCAGCAGCAGCAGCAGCUGGAAAUUUUCCGGCAGCUCUUGCUGCUGCAGCUGCUGCACAAACUGCAAAUCCAUUCCUUCUUGCUGCUGCAUUAGGAUUACAACAGCAGCAGCAACAGCAACAGCAGCAGCAACAGCAACAGCAGCAGCAAUCACAAAAUGCAUCCAUAGCAUUUCCAUGGAUCAGUAAUGCGCAGUCAUUUACAGCGAUGUUACCUUAUCUUCAACAUUUACAAGCUCAGGUGCAACAACAAGCACAAGCACAGGUUGCAUUAGCACAACAAAUAGCAGCACAACAAGCUGCAAAUUUGCAUCAACAAUUCAAAACGGUUGCGGCAGCUGCAGCUGCUGCUGCUCAUACUUCAUUGAUAUCCCAACAGCAACAACAACAACAACAACAAGCACAACUACAGUCACAUUGGUUGUCUCCUCCGCCAUCUGUUCCACCUCAAAUUUCAGCUAUAAGGCAGACAACAACCUGUCCGUCAUCACCAUUACUUCCAACAGGUGCUGAAUCAACAUCGUCAUUAUUGGAAUUUACCGAAUUGAAUUCACAAUCUCAUCCUGAACCACAACCACCUUCACCUCCAGCAUCAUCCAGUUCAUCGUUAUAUAAUGAUGAAAAACAGCAACAACAACAGCAACAACUAUCACAACAACAACAACAACAGCAUUUUUUGUUUAAUGAAGAUUUAAUGAUUGAUUCAUUAAUGGUGGAACGAAAAGAUUUAUCUGAAAAAGAAAGUAUUGCUGUUGCCGUUUUAGCUGGUAUGGCUGCUUGUCAACGAUAG